AUGGGUAAGAGAAAGGAAGUAAGUAUUUCAAAGCCUGGAUCCCGUAAAAGGAAGAGACAAAAAUACACAGAUGAACAUAGCGAUGAAUCUAAUGAAGAAGAGAAUUCACAGUCAUCAGCUGAUAGUAAUUGCUCUUUACUGUCGACUGUAGGGGAAGUUGGGAUAAUUGAAAGUAUCCAGCUGAAGAACUUUAUGUGCCAUUCGAUGUUGGGGCCUUUUAAGUUUGGAUCAAAUCUCAAUUUUGUUGUUGGAAACAAUGGGAGUGGAAAAAGUUCUGUAUUAACUGCUCUUAUUGUUGGACUUGGUGGAAAAGCCACUGCAACUAAUAGAGGUUCCUCACUAAAAAUGUUUGUACGAGAUGGAGAGACUUCUGCAGAUAUUACUAUAACAUUGCGAAACCAGGGUAGAGAUGCAUUUAAACCAGAAGCGUAUGGUGACUCUAUUAUUGUGAACCAGCACAUUAAUCUGGAUGGAAGCAGAAGUUACAGACUGAAAAGCAAAUCUGGGACCUUAAUUUCUUCAAAGAAAGAAGAACUUGUAGGAAUACUGGACCACUUUAAUAUACAGGUAGAUAAUCCUGUGUCUGUUUUAACCCAAGAGAUGAGUAAGAACUUUUUACAGUCUAAAAAUGAAGGUGACAAGUACAAGUUUUUUAUGAAGGCAACCCAGCUGGAACAAAUGAAAGAAGAUUAUUCAUCUAUUAUGAAAACUAAAGAAAAUACAUGUAAUCAGAUAGAACAAGGAGUAGAGCGUCUUCAAGAACUUAAGCUGCUUUACUGUGAAAAAAAGGAACGUUACAAAAGCAUUGGGUUUGUGAAUGACAUGCGAAAUCAUCUUGAAGAUUUGAAACAUAAAAUGGCAUGGGCAGUGGUGGGUGAGAUGGAAAAAGAAAUACAGCCAAUCAAAGAAGGCAUCAGAGCUGAAGAAGGAAAUACAAAGAAGUUUGUUCGGAAGCUAGAAGAAUGCCAGGUAAAAGUGACUGAAGCAGAAGAAAAAUACAAAGCAAUACAAGACAGGUUAAUAAAAGUAAGUGAAGAAGCACAAGCCUUGCAUCCUCAGUGUGUUUCUUUGAAGGCUGAUGUGCAGGCAAGAAGAAAAGCAGUCCAUGAAGCUGAGGUACUUUACAAUCGUUUCAAAACUGAGUUAAAACGUCUAGGAAAAGAUGAUGAACAGCUACGUAAACGAAUUGAAGAACUGAAAAGCAGUGCUAAUCAGGUUUCAGAGCCUGAAAGAAUGGAAAGACAAAGGAAAGUCGCACGCUUAAGGGAACAGUUAAAAGCAUUCCAUGAUGAAGAAACCAUGAUUGAUCAACAGGUGGAUCAGUUUCAGCAGGCUAUAUAUAAGUGUAAGGAAGAACAUGCUAGACUUAAGAGAGAAGAUUGUGAUGCGAAACAAGCACUGGAUGCCAAGCAGAAACAGCUGAGAGAGCUGAAAGAUAGUAAAACAAAUACCUUGAAAAGAUUUGGACCACAUAUACCAGCAUUUCUUGAAGCAGUUGAAACAGCCUAUAGGGAACGUCGCUUUAGACACAAACCUAUUGGACCUUUAGGUGCUUUCAUUCAUCUGAAAGAUGCUGAACUGACCUUGGCUGUUGAAUCUUGUUUAAAGAGCCUAGUUCAUGCAUUUUGCUGUGAUAAUCAUAGUGAUGAAAGGAAUCUUCAGCUACUGAUGUCAAAAUACUAUCCACGUGGACUAAGACCUCAAAUAAUUGUAAAUAAAUUUCAGAAUACAGUUUAUGAUGUUAGACACAGAGCAGUUCAUCAUCCAGAAUUCCCAUCAGUUCUCACAGCAUUGGAAAUAGAUCAUGCAGUGGCUGCCAAUUGUUUGAUCGAUGUGAGGGGUAUAGAAAGAAUCCUGUUGAUUAAAAGUAAUGUUAAAGCUCGUGAAGUAAUGCAGCGUAGUCGGCCGCCGAAAAAUUGUAGAGAAGCUUUCACUGCUGCAGGUGAUCAAGUAUUUGAAAGACGGUAUUACUCUUCUGAUUACCUCAGACCCAAGUUCCUAAGCAAAGAUGUUGAAGCAGAAAUAAGUCACUUGGAGAAAGAAAUUGAAAACAGAAAGGCACGGAUAACAGCAUCUCAGCAACGUUUGUAUUCCAUUGAAAAGGAGAUUCGGCAGAAUGAAGAUCAUCUGCACGGUCAUCGACGACACCAAAAAGAAUUACAGAUAAAAAAAAGAACAAUAAAUGCAGAAAUAGCAGAUCUGGAAAAUAUGGAGGAACACCAGUCAGUGGACAUCCGUACAUUAGAAGAUGAAGCCAAAGAAAAUAAGGGUAAGAUGGAAUCUGUAAAAAAAGACAUGCAGCAGCAAAGCAUAAAAAUGGAAGAACUGAAAAAUAUUCUCCAGGUAGCUGAAAAAAAAUUUGAAGAAAUGAAAGAAAAAAUUCAUCAAGUAGAAGAAAUUGUUGGUCCAAUUAAGGAAGAAUUAAACCAGGCUGAUGCAGAACUGGAAAGCAGUAAACGUUGUUUGCAGCACUAUGAAGACAAACAGAAAGAACACUUGGCUUGCAUAAAAAGACAUAAAGAAUUAUUAGCUGCCAAAGAAAAAGAAUUAGAGGAAAAAAUCGCACAAGCUAGGCAAAUCUACCCAGAGCGCUUAGAGGUCAGCAGAACUGUUAAGAGUCUUGAUGCAGAAAUGAAUCGCUUGCGAGAGACGAUAAAUUCUGAAAAUGAUCGCCAUGGAAACAGAGAAGAAAUAGUACAGCAAUUUCAUGAUGCAAAGGAAAGAUAUGAAGAUGCAAACAGUAAAGUAAAGAACUUAAAGAAAUUUAUUAGGCUGCUGGAAGAAAUAAUGACACAGAGAUUCAAAAUAUAUUGGCAAUUCUUAAGGCUCCUGUCCUUACGAUGCAAACUCUACUUUGACCAUUUAUUACGUAUUCGAGCUUGCUCUGGAAAAAUACUUUUCGAUCACAAGAAUGAGACUCUUUCAAUAACAAUUCAGCCUCGAGAGGAAGACAAAGCUGCCCUUAAUGAUGUGAGAUCCUUAUCAGGAGGUGAACGUUCCUUCUCAACAGUUUGUUUUAUUCUUUCUCUGUGGUCCAUUACUGAAUCUCCUUUCAGAUGCUUGGAUGAAUUUGAUGUCUACAUGGACAUGGUUAACAGAAGAAUUGCAAUGGAUAUGAUUCUUAAAGUGGCUGACUCUCAGCAUCAUCGGCAGUUCAUUUUGCUCACUCCACAAAGCAUGAGUUCUCUGCCUACGAGUUCCCGUAUUCGAAUCCUGCGAAUGCAAGACCCUGAAAGAGGCCAAAGAACAUUGAAUUUCCAAAAUAGGACUGACAGAGAGGAUGAUCAAUAA